GUGCCUACAUAUUAUUUGUAAUUUCAUACGAAGAGUAAUGCUUUGUGAAAAGUGGAGCACUGAUUGAAACGUUACGUGGAUGGGUGCACGUGUAACUGUGCAAGGAGAAUAAAUUUGAGCCUGUGAGCUAGAUACGCGGACUGGUCUAUUUUUGAAAAGAGGUAAUCUAUUAUUGAAAGAAAUUUUUAAGGGUGACACAAGUGAUGUUACUAUCAAUUUUUAGUUUGUGAAAAUUUCCCAAGAAACUAAUGAUCUUUUGGGCCCAACAGUCGGUUGAUUCUUUAAUGAUACAUAAAUAAAUUGGUAAUCCUAAGAGACUAAGGAUUUGUGCUAUCGUAAUCCAGGGCCGGCUACAAUAAAUAUAGGCACUGCAGCUCGUUAAUUCGACAGAUCAAACUGAUAACAUAUAUUGAUACUCCGAUUAGGUUCGCGCGCGGCAGCGAUGGGGGACUCGUUGACUGAUUUUCAGUGGAGCGUGGAGAUAGAUACAAAAGAUGGUCCUGAUCUUCAAAGGUCUCUGGUGAGGAUAUAUCUUGAAGAAAGGGAUGCUUCGUUUGUUAGAACAUGGUGGGGGGAUUGGGGGGAUUGGGGGGAUGUUCUGUAUAGGAUUGAGGAGUUCCUUGACGUGAGCCGUGAAUGUGUGGAGACUAUCGACUUGGAGAAGAUCCUAUCUGAAGAGGAAGACGAAGAAGAACUUAUGACUUUAUUUACAGAUAAGGUACUCUCCCCCUUCCAUCACAUUGUCUACGGAGAAAGGCUCAAGGUCAUCGCAAGUGAGAUAAUAAGGGGAUGUCGCGAUCGGCUUAUUCUUCUCACCAAUGACAACUCUAACUCAAAGGUGUACUCGAUUAGUGUGGGUUUAUCUUUACAGCUUUUUGUAACUUUGGGACUAGAGGCCUGGACCUGGUUUCAAGAUUGCCUUGUGCAGCUGCCGCCUGGUGUGCGUGAUUACGAUCCCUCAUCUCCAAUGCCUCUCCCGAGGAUGGUGCCGAAUGGCUACGGUUUCUUCCGACUUGGCGGUGGUACAAAACUAGAAGAAGAAACAUGUGUGAUUUGCUUUGGCAAGUACGAACCACAAUGCCUUGUGAUUCGCCUCCAAUGUCUGAAUGAGCUUCUCCCCGAUCCCGACGAGGAGCAUAGUCACAAGGCCGAGACUCCAGCAGCAAUGUUGCUGCCAUGUGGCCACAUAUUCCAUGCCAAGUGCAUUGCAAGUUGGUUUUGUGUUUCAAAAGACAAACCCUGCCAACUAUCCGGUAUUAAUACUUGCCCUCUAUGUAGGUUUCAGGUUCCUACCCGUCAUUUCGUGCUUUCUCUUCAACAUUUCUUUCCUCUGCUCUAUUUUUAAAGCUAGUGAUGGUCAAUUGGUCAUGGGCUAACUCUUAGGUACUCAACAAUGGAUGUUGAAUUGAAAGAAGCAGGUCGGGCCACCAUGCCCAUCCUGUUUGUAUGUAUGUAUUCCAGCCCAACAUUUUUAGUGUGCUGAGUUAGAAUUUUGUUGCAAGUCGUUUUUCAUACAAUAGUAUUUACUGAUUUACAUGUAAUUUAGUUACAAGUUAGUUAUUAUUUCGAUCACAGUGGGCAGAUUUUUCCAUGUACAACAACCAGCCACUUUUCUUCUCUUUCCCGGCCUUUUCAUAAUUGCACCAACUUCAUGAUGCUCAAUUUUGCCUGGGUGAGCUUCUUAUGAACAAGGCAUGACUAUGGUGUUGCCAUGAUAUAGAAUUUGUUGAUAUAUUUUGUAGGUGUAUUUUACAAUUUUUAAGUAGUUGAAAUCUUUUUU